UCAGUCUGCACUCUGCAGUCAGUUGGACGUUUACCACGCACUCGGUCGGCACGCACAGCCGUUGUGAACAAUAAUAAUAAUAAUAAUAAUAAUAUACACUAACGUAGGUAUAUACAUUCAGUCCGAUCGUUCACCGUCGUCAGGUGCACACCUGCCAUCGCACAUCCUCUUCACCUCGCGAGCGCGUGUGUGCGUUUUUUUGUCUCCACCGUCCGUUUUGGCGCCAUCCGAACUGUCGUGAAUUUUUGUUUUUUUACAAUUUGACAAUACGUUUGGUUUUUUUGAUAAUAAUCAAAAAAAAAAAAUAAAAUCGAUUUCGGUGCGCGCACGCCACACUCCGGAGAACAUUACAAAGCCACACAGUAUCGCACAGAAUAUCCGUGAUCACGAAGAAAGCAAACUGAAUAGAAUAUAUCAACAACAAAAAAAAAAAAACUAUCCAUUUUCACAGUGUUUAUGUGUGUGUGUGUGUAUGAUAUUAUGACGGUAACAGCGACGGCAGCGGAAAACUGAGUGGCAACGGAGACCACCAAAAGGUCAUGUCGACGACCAGCGGCGGUGACGCCAACACUCCAAGCGCUAUGCAAGAAAACUCUGUGACAACCGUUUACAACGGCGACCGGACAGAUAACGAACAUCACAGGCUAUCGCCAUCCACCUCGUCCAACGGCGACAGCGGCUUGGACAACUCCAAUACCUCAUCGUCGGCCGGCGACGCUAAACUCAUCAUAGAUGUGCCAGACUUUUCCAAAGUUAUGGAAUCACCUCGCACGGGUAUCGACAACCCGAGUUUUGAGACUGACAAGUCCGACAUACCAAAGCCACAGACUAACGGGCACAAUGGACACAACGGCACCGUUCACCAGGAGAACGGCAAACUAGAAAAAGAAAAAAUGGCCGAAGCCGUCAACUUGGAACUGAUUAACAUGAAACCGUUUGGGAAAAGCCUGAACGGCAACGGCAUUAGCGUUCCAACCAAGAAGAAAGAGACUGCUGUUAACAUGAACGAUUCGUACGACGAUUACUUCAUUCCCGUCAACGAACACAAAAAGUAUAUAAGAGGCGGAGAAAAGUUGUAUGUCACCAAAGACAAACGGGACUUGAACCAGUCAAGAAAGCCUUUUAUUUGCUGGGUCUUUGGACUAGUCCUGUUAGCCGCCGCUGUCAUCGUUGCUAUUCUGGCAUCGACCGGUGUCAUAUUCAACAACGAAGCAGCAAUGGAGAGUCGCAAUUUCGCCGAAAACGAAAAAAUUGCAGGUUUCGGCAAUCGCCCUGGUCCGUUUUCUUCGGUUAGUCCACCGCCAUCAUCAGACGGUCCUGGUCCUUUUAGUCCACCAACAACAGACAUGUCGGAAGUUAACGUACCAAGGACAAUACAAGGAGAAAUAGUCAUUGAUAAUAUGGAGUUCACACCGGGUCUGGCUAAUAAAUCAUCCCCUGAAUUCGAAGCACUAGCUAGUUCAAUCGAAGGCGAGCUCAAGAGGGCACUGUUCGAGGAACAAAUGUAUGCAGCUUCCUCUGAUAUACAUGUUAAAGUCUUCGAGUUCACUCGUGGAAGUGUAGUAGCUAUGUACAGAGUUGGAUGGGAAAAUAAGAACGAUGUUGAAAUGCCAGAUCCCAUAACUGUUGAAACGCUAAAGGAGCGAUUGGACAGUCAUCUAAGAGCAAGUGACGGAUUUUUGUACAAUUAUAGGAUUCCUGUGCAUAGAUUACGUUCAGAACAUGUUAAAGACCUUUGCAAGAGUGAUAACGCAAAAUGUUCUCAUUACUGUUCCUAUGAUUAUACAAAAUUAGAUUUUGUUUGUUCAUGCCCUUCCGAACUUAUGUUAAGUGAAAAUAUGAAAGAUUGCAAACAACAUAGCGUAUCUGAAGAAAUGGAUGACUUUAGCUUCCAUGACAUAAAUGCUGAAUUUGGUACUGGACAUGACAGUGAUCCAAGUACUGAGCUGGAUGAUAGUAGUCCAGAAACCAAAUCUGAACCAAAUUCCGAACCCGAAAUAAGAACUGAACCGGAACCAAAUUCCGAGCCUGAAACAAAAGCAGAACCUGAAGUAAAAGCCGAACCAGAACCAAACUCUGAACCCGAAGUAAAAGCAGAACCAGAACCAAACUCUGAACCCGAAGUAAAAGCAGAACCAGAACCGAACUCUGAACCCGAAAUAAAAGCUGAACCAGAGCCAAGCUCUGAACCCGAAAUAAAAACCGAACCAGAGCCAAGCUCAGAACCAGAAGUAAAAGCAGAACCAGAGCCAAGCUCAGAACCAGAAGUAAAAGCUGAGCCAGAACCAGAAGUAAAAGCCGAACCAGAGCCAAGCUCAGAACCAGAAGUAAAAGCUGAUUCAGAACCAAAAUCAGAACCCGAAGUAAAAGCUGAGACAGAACAUAAUUCCGAACACGAAAUAAAAGCUGAACCAGAACCCAGUUCAGAACCAGAAGUAAAAGCUGAGCCAGAACCUAAUUCAGAAACCCCGAAAAAAGCCGAACCAGUACUUAAUUCAGAACCCGAAGUCAAAGUAGUUCCAGAACCAAGUUUAAACCCAGAAGUAAAAGCUGAGCCAGAACCAAGUUCAGAGCCCGAAGUAAAAGCUGAACCAGAACCUAGUUCAGAACCCGAAGUCAAAGUAGUUCCAGAACCAAGUUUUAACCCAGAAGUAAAAGCUGAGCCAGAACCGAAUUCAGAGCCCGAAGUAAAAGCGGAACCAGAACCUAGUUUAGAACCCGAAGUAAAAUCAGAAUCAGAGCCAAACUCUGAACCUGAAACAAAAGCUGAACCAGAGCCAAGCUCAGAACCAGAAGUUAAAGCUGAGCCAGUACCAAGCUCAGAGCCUGAAGUCAAAGUAGUUCCAGAACCAAUUUCAGAACCAGAAGUAAAAGUUGAGUCCGAAUUAAAAGCUGAACCAGAACCAAAAUCCGAGCCAGAAGUAAAAGCUGAACCAGAACCAAACUCCGAACCAGAAGUAAAAGCUGAACCAGAAUCAAAAUCCGAACCAGAAGUAAAAGCUGAAUCAGAACCAAAAUCAGAACCCGAAGUAAAAGCUGAACCAGAACCUGAACCGAAAUUGGUACCAGAAUCAGAAUCUAGUUUAGAGCCGGAAGUUAAAGUUGAGCCAAUACCUAAAAAUGAAACUAAGCCUGUAGUAGAAAAUUUUGAAUCGUUAUCAGAUGUAGAUAUAAGCUCAGAAAAUGAUUCUAGUGAAGGUAAUUCUAAAUCUUCAGCGGAGAAAUCUUUGUUGCCUGAAACAGACCAAACUGAUAGAGAAGCUAAAGCGCACGCUGGUGUAGUAUUUGACCAUGAAAUUAAACCCGAAAUGACCUAUGCAGUAUCUACGGAAUUCGAUUUCGAAACAAAAACUGAAUCUGCAAUGAAUGAAAACUCGAAAAAACAAUCGAUGGUUUCAUCGGUACCACCUGAAGAAUCAAUGUCUUCUGAGUCUGGAGAAACUACUACUUGGGCAUCCAUCACUGAUAACUGGUUAACUAGCUCUCAAUCAAGUGUCCGAAUUGUUCCAAAGUUACCUAAUGAUUUAGAAGUAACUGAUAAAGAAAAUAGUCCGGCAGGAGAUGAAAUUAAAUUGGAAUCUAGUACUACUGUAUCGAGUUCAGAGCUUACUGAGUCUGAACCUCAAUCGGAAGACCAAGUACCUAAAAUAGUAUCUAAAGUCGUAACGGAAAAUUAUCAGGAUUCGGAAGCAGAGUCUAGUUCAUCUAGUGGAGUGCGUGCUAUGGAAGUUAUGUCGAACCCUGAAUUAGACAACGGGAAUAUGUCUACAUUAUCUCCAUUGAUUGCAAUAGAACCAGUGAAGGAUUCAAAUAAUUUGUUGAAUCCUCUUUCAUUGGACAAAAGUUCUUCUAAUGAAUUAUCACUUAUAGAAAAGGUUAGCGUUGAUGUGUCUUCGCCUAGAAGUAUUGAUAAUUUCGAUGACCAUAACUCUGCCGACGAUUCGCUUGAUCAUAUGGUAAAAAAUAUGAGAGAGGAAAACUUUGCAAGUACCAGGGAUGAAGAUGACAUAAGCGCCGCUUUUGAUUUAUUCCAAAAGCCAGAAACUAAAAAGAAAGAUAAAAAAACAUCUAAAACUCCAGAGUUGUAUAUGUCUGAAUCUGGCUUUACCAAAAGGAAUAAAACUAAGUCUGAAAAAGAAAAGGAAAACAAGAAAACUAAAGUCGACUCAACGCUAGUCGAUAUGAUGAUGCCCAAACUAGUCAAAUGUGCCGAUAGUCAAAUUCAAUGUACGAAUGGUACAACCAAAGAUGGCUCGUAUUGUAUAAGUGCUUCACUUAAAUGUGACUCAAAUAAAGACUGUAGUGACAACUCUGAUGAAGACGGUUGUCUUGAAAACGCUUGUUUUGGAAACUUCCAAUGUAAAAGUGGGGAAUGCUUACAAAGAAAUUUGGUCUGCAAUAGUAUAAUGGACUGUGAAGACGGCAGUGAUGAGUUAGCCUGUGAUGAAUGGAAAUGUGUUGACGGAGAAAGCCAGUGCGCUGGAGGUCAAUGCUUGCCUACGUCAUAUUUCUGUGAUGGAAAGUCACACUGCAAUGGCAAUUCAGACGAACUAAAUUGCAACAGUACGUGUGAUGGUUUCCAGUGUUCUAAUGGUUACUGCAUAAAAGAUGCAUUGCGCUGCAAUGGUGUGAACGAAUGCCCCAACGGAGAGGACGAAGAAAAGUGUGUAUGUUUUGCUGAUCAAUUCAAAUGCAAUACUGGAUCACAGUGCAUUUCGAAAAGCAAUAUUUGUGACGGCAUACCACAGUGUAAUGAUCAAAGCGAUGAAUGGCAAUGCAUUCAGUUGGAUGGAUCGAAAUUAAUGGCCAAAAAACAAAGCGAGUCUUCGAUGGAAGUGUGCAAUACAAAUUGGUCAAACGAUUGGAGUGAUUUCGUGUGUCACAACCUAGGAUUUUCCGAAGCCAAGUCGACAAACGGUCAAGGUAGCGAAUCAUCUGAAAACCCUAUGGGUCGUCUGAAGUUGAAAGAAGGCGUGACCUUGGACGUUUCCAAGAAACUGCCCGAGUUCCUUGAAGUGUCCGAGAGUCCAUGUGAUUCCGUUGUCGAGAUCAAAUGUUCUUCCAAACACCUUUGCGGCGAUUUUGGUGGCAAGGAUCCUCAUUCCAUGGACUUGUGGCCGUCGGUCGUUUACCUGCGCAACACUAAAACAGACAAGUCGUGCACGGCUAGUCUGGUGAAACGCGAUUGGCUGUUGUCGUCUUACAGCUGCAUGCAUUCAGUCGAUCAAUCGUUGGCUGCUGAUCAAUGGGAAUCUAUGGCCAGCAAAUCACGAGUGUCCAGCGACUCGGCGGUGACCAAGAGGUCAGUGACGAAAAUCGUCACCCAUCCUGGCGUCAAGUACGAGAAGUUGCGGUACUUUAACGACACCGUGUUGGUCCAACUCGCAGUUCCGUACAACCUGUCGGACGACGUGAACACCGUAUGUCUUCCUGACAAAAUGGCUGACGAUAAGCAACCGUGUGUGACUGCUGGCUGGGCGUACGAAUCACCCGGCGUGUUCAAGCAAUUUUCGCGGUACUUGUCGGAGCCGUUAAUGCCAACGUCUUUGUGCAAUUCGCCCAAGUACUUUAACGAUUUCCUGGCCGAACGAGAACUUUGCGUUGCCUCCGCAGAAAUGGAAACCACGCACAUGGAAAUCGGUUCUCCGUUGAUGUGUCUGGCCGAAAACGGCCUAUGGCAGUUGCAGGGAGUGCUCAGCUACGUGGGUGGUCACGGUCGAUCGUCCAAACCGUCUGUAUUCAAUCCCAUAGCCGAAUCCGUCCAAUGGAUCGAAUAUACCACGGCUUCGGGAAACGCGUGAACACGUUGUUUUUAAUGGAACAAAAUGUUAUGUCACCAACAUUAGUAAAAUAAAAAGCAAAACGGUCUUAUGAAAAUCUAUCGAAUGUUAUAGGAUUCCUUGUGAUUUUGUUCGUUAAACUGUAUUGGGAAAAGUAAUAUUAUUUUUUACAUUGAAUAUUAUAUAAUUAAAACGUUUAUUAUUUUUUUAAUCGUGUAAACACCUCUACGUUAGUAUAAAGUGCUGCUCGAAAAGAAUUUGAGUUAUUGUCUAAUAUUUUCCAUAAUAUUUUUUAGUCGUAGAAUAAUAAUUUUUUAACACGAGUAGCGAGUUGCCAUAUAAUACGCAUAACUAACAUACAUAGGACAUGUGCAUUUUUUUUUUAUACAUAUAUAUGUUAAUUUCUUUACUCCGUCCAAAUUCCCUCUAUUACCUACUACGAUUAUGAUUACAGUUAUUAUUAUUAUUAUUAUUAUUAUUAUUUUGUAUUUUAAUUUUUACCUAAUACGAACAUGUUCCUUCGGCCGUCCGUCGUCGUUAUAUUGUGUUUCGUGUGUACAUAGUGGAUUAACACGGUUAUUAUUUUAAUAAUUUUUUUUUUUUUAUGAAAAAUACAUAUAUCAUAUAUAUAUUUUUAUUUCUUAUAUCGUUAAUAUCACGACUCAACAUAACCCAGCAGUCGUACUCACAUACGGUCUCGCCAACGAAAACGCUUGUGAAUUAACAUUUUUUAUCAUUUUGUUAUGUAUACUUAAUUAUGAUCAUUUUGUUUUUUUUUAGUCGUGCUCAAAAAUAUUAUUAUCAUUAUUAUUAAUAUAAUAAUACUGAAAUGUGAUUUGUUUUAAAGUUUGAUAUAUCAAAAUUUAGAUUUAUAUACAGUAUAUUAUAUAUAUGUAUAUACAUAUUUAUGAUUACAAACAACAAAUUUGU